CAAGAAUGAAAUUAAAGAGUGCAUCAACAAAAACAGCUGUCCCUUAAAUGAGGACAUGGCCGUAGAGGCACAUUAAACCACGUCACCCUGUCUUCUGAAUUUAGCUGCGUCAUACACAGAUUAAAUCAUUUCCUAACGGAGCCUGGGUUCAUUUAAUCAAAGCAUCAGACAGUGUGAGUAAUGCGAUUUCUAAAUAUGGCAUGUACACAGACCAUGACAUGUUACAGGAGGUGUGAGAGAUAUUGAGAGAGAAAAAUCAGGGAGAUGAUUUGGUGGUGUGUGCAGAUCUGUAAUAUAAAACACUGAAGUCAGCAUCCCCCCCCCACACACACACAUCAUCAGCAGCAGUAUGGGUCGACACUGUGCUGCAUUUUGCCACCUCCCCCUCCCCACCAUUCGAUGAUCCUUCAUCUCCCUCCUUUGGUCCCUCCUUUCUCUCUCUCUCUCUACCUCCUCUCACAGACAUCACUGAAGCAAGUGGGCAGCCAGCAGCAGUGGAGGCUAUCCAGGGGUACAACUGCUCUGCAUGACCAUGCCUGGAUGAACGGAAAUGCAGGGAAAUGGCUAAGAGAGACUCUAAACCAAAGUAACUCUCGGCUGCCUAUGAUAGGAAAAGGUGGGGUUGGGUAGAUGAAAGGGAACAAGAGCGAAAGCGGACAGGAGCAUGAGACAGUGAAGACGAAACGUGGACCCUGACUAGGAAAACAUAUAAGACAGCGAGCAAUCAAAAUCACCUUCUGCUGCUCUAGGUAAAAGGGGAAACAGGAAAGAGAGGUCAGAACGGACAACGACAUGUUCACAAAGUAAUGGAAGGGAUCAGGACAGCCCGCACCACACCUGCCUCCAUGCCGACUAAUCUGUUGCUCCUUCUUCUGUUUGGGGUGCGUGUGCUGACCAUUUGCCCUCCAAUGUGCACCUGUAGCAGAGGCCAUAGAGCUGUGGACUGCUCUGCACGAGGGUUAGCUAUACUUCCUGACAGCCUGCAGCACAACAUUCAUUUCCUCAACUUGUCACAUAACCGACUCCAAGAUCUCGAUGGACUUCUCAACCAUUUUGACCACUUAAGAACUCUGGACAUCUCAUAUAACCAUCUGCACCACCUUCCUGUUGGUCUGCCAAGAGCGCUUUGGGAUGUACAAGCCUCUGGAAACUACAUCCGUCAACUGGAGAAGAACGAUACGGCCUACCACUGGAACCUUCAGAAUUUGGACUUGUCACACAACUUGCUGGAACGAGUGGUCUUAAUUAACAACACGUUGUCCAAUCUCCAAUCUCUCAACCUUAGUCAUAACAAAUUCUGGACUGUCCCGACAAACAUGCCCUACAAUCUGGAGAUGGUGGACCUCUCUCACAACUACUUGCUGCAGAUCUUGCCUGGUUCACUGGAUCGCCUUCCCAAACUUUCGAGAUUCUACCUGCAUGCUAAUCGUUUUACCUCGUUGAGCAAUGGUGUCUUCAGUCGAUUGGAUGGACUGCAGCUCCUCACACUUGGAGACAACCCUUGGGCUUGUGAGGAUGAGGAAAAUAUAAACCAUCUGCUGACCUGGAUGCAACAGACCCCUGCAAAGAUCUUGGGCUGUCCCUGCUACACAAGGCCUACAUGUGGAGAAGCCCACCUGGCCAACAGGAGAACCUGGCACUCAGCUGCAUUCACAGAGCCGCCGCUGGGUGCCGGCGCUCGUCAUCCUGGCCACCGAGCACCCAUGCAGGUAGUUACAUCUGGGUACCUGUCCAAGUCAGCCCAGUUGAAUGUGGGUCAAUAUCCAAGCGCUGUUAAUUCCUCUGGGCCAGGCGAGCAGGUACUGUUUGUGGGUGGGGGAUUUCUCACAUCAACUCCACAUAGCCUGUCCACACACUCAAGCACAACAAUCCUAACACGUAGCACCAAGAAGGUUCUUCCAAGCAGAGCUCGCAGCACAAGCCGUCAAAUCCACAUAUGCAGCUUUGAAAUCACCAUUUGGAGCCUUUUAUUUACAGUUGUCAUCCUCUGUGCUUGCUGAUUCUGCAUAACAAUCUCUUGAACUAGACUUGCUGACUUGAGUCUGGAAGAAAAAAGAAAUCCACAAAGAAUGCAAAACGAGAGACUUACCUCUUAGUUUUCCAUUUUCACAUUGUUCUGGCUACCUUCUUGAGCAUUUCUCAACAUAUGCAAUCUCUGCCUGCUUCCAAUAAACGUACCGUCUUCUACAUAAUGUGACUGAGUACUGUAUGGCUUACACAUAUCAACAUCAGGAAAUGCAUUAAGUACACUACAAUUAGCAGUUUCUUAAUGAGGACAAUUGAAUGUUCUUUCCAGUGUAAUGCUUGAGCAUUGAUAGAGAUUUGUGCAUUUCAUUGUUUAUAUUAUGUAUUAAACAAAACAGUUAAAGUGUAAAGCGGAUGUGUUCUAUGAGUACAGACAUGCUGCCUUUAACUUCUGAAAUAAGAAUAAAAUUGGAAAAUCCAUGGUGUUUUAUUACAACUACAUAAAGUCAACAGGCCCUGCAGUGAGACU